CGGCAUUAGGACCUUGCGCUCCUCUUCCUCACAGGAGACAGAGAGGAGGGCGUAUGCCGGCACGGGCUCAGACUCAGACAUACAGGCUGACAUAAGAUAAGUAGCGAGCGUGAUGGGGCGCUAAGAGCGAUGCUGGAGUGUGCGACAGAAAUAAGUCAGAAAAUCCGCGCAACUGUACUCAUUUAGUCGAGAAAGCAAGGCUCUCUACGCGUUUAAAGGAAGCCGCCGGGAAAUCAUGUCGGUGCUUGCGCUGCAAGAGUACGAAUUCGAGAGGCAGUUCAAUGAAGAUGAAGCCAUUCGAUGGAUGCAAGAGAACUGGAAGAAAUCUUUCCUGUUCUCGGCGCUCUACGCUGCGUGCAUACUCGGUGGGCGGCAUGUAAUGAAGCAAAGGGAGAAGUUUGAAUUGAGGAAACCGCUGGUACUAUGGUCUUUAACACUCGCCGUCUUCAGUAUAUUUGGUGCUGUCAGAACUGGUGGAUACAUGGUGAACAUCUUGAUGACCAAGGGUCUGAAGCAGUCGGUGUGCGAUCAGAGCUUCUACAACGGACCAGUCAGCAAGUUCUGGGCUUAUGCGUUUGUUCUCAGCAAGGCUCCUGAACUAGGAGACACAAUGUUCAUUGUGCUACGCAAGCAGAAGCUAAUCUUCCUGCAUUGGUAUCACCACAUCACAGUAUUGCUGUAUUCCUGGUACUCCUACAAGGACAUGGUAGCCGGCGGUGGUUGGUUCAUGACCAUGAAUUACCUGGUUCAUGCCGUUAUGUAUUCUUACUUUGCUCUGAGGGCCGCCGGCUUCAAAAUCUCCCGCAAGUUUGCCAUGUUCAUCACUCUGACGCAGAUUACUCAGAUGGUGAUGGGUUGCGUGGUCAACUACCUGGUGUAUUCGUGGAUGCAGCAAGGCCAAGAGUGUCCUUCGCAUGUGCAGAACAUUGUGUGGUCAUCCCUCAUGUACCUCAGCUACUUUGUGCUCUUCUGUCAGUUCUUCUUAGAAGCCUACGUCACCAAGACCAAAUCCAAAGCAGCCAGGAAAAGCCAAUAAAGCAAAAGAUUAAAUUAAUAACAUAAUCAACAAGAGGUGGGGAAGAAUAGAAAAGUGGACCAAUGAAUAAGAGUCUUUAUUGUUAGGGCUUUACUGUUAUGAACUUGAAGGAAGUGAAGACAAUGAGGGUCUACUUUUAAGGCUGGUGUAUAAUGAACUACUAAAGUAUAGAGUUUAACCUCCCCGCCACUAGGGGAGCUCUAUUGAUCUGCACUGAGAAGUCAUUAUGAUAUGAUAUCAGUUCAACAAAAAUGUGUCUUUUUUGUGAUGUUUAUGUGCCCAAUCCUAUGUAUUUAAAAAAAGAUGUGUAGAGAUAAAAAGGGUGAAUACAUUUUAACAGAAUUAAGGAGGAGAAGUUGAAAUGAAAUGAAGGACAUUUUGAAGAAAAAAAAUCAUUUUAAAUUCAGAGGAAGUUAUAUGAAUCGAAUUGUGUGAUAAUGUCUACAAAUUGUCUAAACAUUAAAUGUUACCGUUCCAUUUUUUAUUGAAUAGAUACUAGAGCGUGUACGGUAGUUUUGUACGAAAGCCAUGUUAAAUGGAUGACUGGUCCAUCUUGAGCAAGAAAUGCCACAGUGUGUUCCGUGUUCAGCAUCGCAGCACCAAAAUUCUCUCAGGUCUUCACGUUUUCCAUAUGAUGUGCAUAUCAUUUUAGAAAAAAACUAAAAGGGCAAAAUAGUCAACGUAGUUAAAUAGGCUUGAAAUGUUAACACUAUAAAAUAUGCUUUCAUUGAAACAGCAGCCACACAAGUAUACAAAAGGGAAAAAAGACCAAUGAAGGUCAAUAUUGAGAGGACAUUCAGGCCAAGUGAUCAUCAGAGCACCUCGAGUGUUCUGUGAAAUAUGAAUCAUUGGGACUCUCAAUGCGCCAUGCUGAGUUCUGGGCCUGGCCUUCUUCCGAUGGCUUUAGGUCAUUAUUACCUUCAUCUAGUCCAAAGACCAACAUCGUAGAGUCUAGCCAAAAUGAACACGAAAUGCAACAUGUCUAUAUUUGCUGUAUCAAAUCUAAACAACCUGUCACUGGUGUCCAUUGUGCUCUUGUGCAUUCGCACUGUAUACAUGUAAAGCAUCUAUAGAAAUUUUAACAAAGAGCCAAAAGUGCUAAAAUAA